AUGAAGAGCUUCUCAAAGCUUGCAGGCGCGGUUGCGCUGGGAUGUUUUGCGGUUGAGACUGCGGCGAGGGCUGUGGGGUAUUCGCCUCAGCAGUGGAUUAAGCCGUAUAAGAGAGAGGCUUUGCAAGAUAUUGUCACAUGGGAUGAAGACUCGCUCUUCGUACAUGGCGAACGCAUCUUCUUGUACUCUGGCGAGGUUCACCCGUACAGAUUACCGGUGCCUGAUCUCUACUCCGAUGUCUUCCAGAAGAUCAAGGCUCUUGGAUACAAUGGUGUUUCAUUUUACGUGGACUGGGCGCUGCUUGAAGGCAAGCCCGGUGUUUACCGCGAAGAGGGUGUCUUUGACCUGAAGCCUUUCUUCGACGCUGCACAGGAAGCUGGCAUUUACCUCAUCGCCAGACCAGGCCCUUACAUUAAUGCGGAGGUAUCUGGUGGAGGCUUCCCCGGAUGGAUUCAGAGAGUCAAUGGCACGCUGAGAACGCGUGCGCCUGACUUUCUGGAGGCGACCGACAACUACAUGAAGAAUGUGUUAGCGACAAUUGCGCCUGCGCAAAUCACCAACGGCGGACCAAUCAUUCUCGUUCAGCCCGAGAAUGAGUACACACAAGCCACUUCGGCUAUCAAGCCUUUCCCGGAUCCGGUCUACAUGCAAUACGUCGAAGAUCAGAUUCGCGACGCCGGUAUUAUCGUGCCUUUGAUCAGCAACGACGCCUCCGCUAAGGGCAACAACGCGCCCGGUCAACCUGCAGCUGUUGACAUCUACGGCCACGAUGGAUAUCCUCUUGGGUUCGACUGUGCCAACCCAACCACAUGGCCAGAUGGCAAUCUUCCAACAAACUGGCAUCAACUUCACGAGCAGCAGAGCCCCACUACGCCUUACUCCAUCGUUGAGUUCCAGUCUGGCAGUUUUGACCCUUGGGGUGGACCCGGUUUCGACAAGUGCGGCAUUCUGGUGGGCGCAGAGUUCAACCGUGUCUUCUACAAGCAACUUUACAGCUUCGGUGUCACCAUCUUGAACUUGUACAUGACUUACGGUGGCACCAACUGGGGCAACCUUGGUCACCCAGGUGGCUACACCAGCUACGACUACGCUGCACCGAUCAAGGAGGACCGUCAAGUCGACCGCGCGAAGUACUCCGAGCUAAAGCUCCAGGCAAACUUCUUCAAGGUCAGCCCUGCGUACCUCACGGCUGCACGUGGCAAUGCUUCGACUUCCAAGUGGACUACCAGCAGUGACCUUAGCGUUACUCCCGCUACCAACGAGAAGACGACAUUCUACUUCGUCAGGCAUUCCAAGUACAACUCGCUAGAUUCCACAACCUACAAGCUCAACGUUGCAACGUCGGCAUUGGGCAACAUUACUGUACCCCAAAUGAACGGCACUUGGUUGACGCUGAACGGCCGCGAUUCCAAAAUCCACGUCAGCGACUACGAUAUUGGCGGCACUACCCUCGUCUACUCUACCGCCGAAGUCUUCACUUGGCACAAGUAUGAAGACAAGACUGUGGUGGUUGUAUACGGUGGACCUGGAGAGACUCACGAGUUGGCCCUCGCUGCUACUGGACUGGAAGUCGUCGAAGGCGAUGUCAAGAGCAUGACUACUAGCGGAGUCACAGUCUUGAACUUCAAGGCUGAUGGAGGUAGAAAGGUGGCAAUGGUUGGAGCUGACAGCCCUAUCUACGUCUACAUGGUCGACCGCGUCGAAGCCUUCAACUACUGGGCCGUCGAUCAGGCACCCCACGACUCGUCCAAUCCUGUCAUUCUUAAGGCAGGCUACCUGAUGCGCACUGCCAAGGUCACUGGCGACACACUCGCUCUCACUGGUGAUCUCAAUGCUACCACCACUGUCGAGGUCCUUGGUGGCGCAUCAUCUGAUGUGUCUAAGAUGACUUUCAACGGCCAGGAUGUCGACUUCACCACUUCCGAGCAAGGAACCUUGUGCGCCGACAUCGAAUUCGCCAAGCCAGAUGUCAGCCUGCCCAAGCUCAGCGAACUCGAGUGGAAGUAUGUCGACUCGCUUCCUGAGAUUCAACCUGGAUACGAUGACAGCGAGUGGACUGCGGCCGAUCUGGAGAAGACGUACAACUCUCUGCGUCCCCUUGAUACCCCUGUUUCGCUCUACAGCUCCGACUACGGCUACCACACCGGCACACUCCUGUUCCGCGGUACAUUCACCGCAUCUGGAAACGAAACAGCCUUUAACCUUACCACCCAAGGUGGCUCAGCGUUCGGCUCAUCCGCUUGGAUCGGCGACCAGUUCCUCGGUUCAUGGCGCGGAUACGACGCAGCCCUGAACGGAAGCGCCACCUUCGCCAUGCCCAACUUGACCAAGGGAAAGAAAUACACCAUCACGGUCGUAGUCGACAACCAGGGCCUCGACGAGAACUGGACCAUCGGCACCGAGACGAUGAAGAACCCGCGCGGUAUCCUAGACUACAAGCUAUCCGGCCACGACGCCUCCGACAUCAGCUGGAAGCUCACCGGUAACCUGGGUGGAGAAGAUUACCGCGACAUCUCGCGCGGUCCCCUCAACGAAGGCGGUCUCUUCGUCGAGCGCCAGGGUCUACAUCUCCCCGGUGCUCUCUCCGCCACCGACGCUAAAUGGACUGCUUCCGCCGGCCCCGUAGCCGACGGCAUCUCCGCUCCUGGAAUCGGGUUCUUCGCCACGGAAUUCGAUCUCAACAUGCCGGCUGGCUAUGAUAUCCCGCUCAGUUUCACUUUCACCAACGGCACUUCUUCUGGCAACAGUAGCAGCAGUGGCUCCAGUGUUCCUGCGUAUCGCGUCCAGCUUUAUGUUAAUGGCUGGCAGUAUGGUAAAUACGUUAGUAAUGUUGGACCGCAGGUCAAGUUCCCUGUUACGGAGGGUAUUCUCAACUACAACGGAACGAACUACCUGGGUGUCUCGCUUUGGGGACUUGAUGGUGGGGCGACGAAGGUGGAGGGAUUGGAGUUGGAGGUUGAUGCGGAGAUUUGGAGUGGGAUGAAGAAGGUGGGAACUGUGAUGGGGAUGGACGUCGGUAACCCCCGCGGCAGAACGAGCUUCCUCGAUUUACCGGGAGAGUUGCGCAAUACCGUCUAUCAGCACUUCAUCGACGAUCUUAAGGACCAGCCGGAUUCACUACCACCCGGCUCUACUUUAAGUCAAAGGCGCAGGCUCAGUCAAUUUGGAUGGUCGGAUGGCCAUGCUUUAAACCUGGCCUCUGUACACAGACAGAUACAUGCUGAGUUUAUGACCUUAUACCUACACCAGGUGUACCACAGCGGAAGUCGGCUUUCGUUCAAUCAGUUCGACUACUUCCUCGACUUAUUCUUCGGUCAAAGUCUCAACUCAGGUCUAAAGGACGUUUCAUAUCAGUUUGAGGUUCAGUUGGGCGCUGCUGGGGACUAUCAAGAGGCUGAUUGGUCGCUCGACUUGCUGAAAGCUGUCUCGAUCAUGCGUCAUCACCCGUUGAACAGCAUUGCAUGGAAUCUGGUAGACAGCUUUAGGGAAACGACAUUCGACGAUUCAGGGGUGGCGUACACCGUGUCAGCCCUGAAGGACAUGGAUGUCCAACUAUUCGGGAACUUGAAUUCCGUCAUGCUCUACUUGAACAAAUAUAUCGAAUCCAACCAUUUCGGUAGGACCGAAAUAGAGGCUGAAAUGCCUUGUAUGCUGAAGAGAGGUGCGACUAAGCAAGAUGUCAACAGCAUCAAGUCGUUGUUGUACCCUACCAGAUGCAGAGGUAUUGAAGUGGAGAUUAGUUGGGAGGGCAGCUUUCGGGGCUGUAGAGACAAGGGUGGCGGGAAGUCGCUUCUGGACCUUUCCGGAGAGCUUCGCAAUGCCGUCUAUAACCACUUCAUCGACCUCGAUCCUACAGUCGGCGAAGCUACCGCACUAGCGCGUUCAAGCCAGCAGAUUCGCGCUGAGUUUGGCUCGCUGUGUCUGGCAUCAGGGCACUUCGCAAUCCCUACGGAACAAGUCGACAGCUUCCUACACGUUUUCUUCCCUCGUCACUUCGACUUGGAACCGCGAGUCAAUGGUUCCCUCACCGACCUGUCCUUCGACUGGUUAGAAUCGCAAGACUGGUUGAUCGGCCUACUGGAAUUGGUCACGAUCAUGCAUCGAUACCCUCUACUCAAGAUCUCAUGGUUCAAAGAUAUCACCACGAUCAUUUCCAUUCUGGAAAGCAUGGACACUCGAAAGUUCGAAAAGAUAACAUCAGUGAAGUAUUUCAUACACUCAUUUUCUAACAACCGCUCGAAUUGCUGCGCUUACCUUUGGGUCACAUUGAAGAGGAAAACAGAUCCUUCUAGGCUGGGACUCAGCCGCAAAUACGGAAUAAUCAACGUCUGUUUUGCUUGGGAAUUAGGUUUAGACGGUGAAGAAGAGACUCCAGAAAGCUCAAGUGGGGACGAGGAUGGCUCAGACAGUGAGGAAGAGAGUUCAGACGAUGGAGAUGAUAACGAGGAUAACGAGGAUGGCGAUGAAGACGCUCCAGACAGCAGCGAAGGCGCUGUGGAAAAGCUACGCAACACCUUCUACCAGCACUUCAUCGAUCUCAGCCCAUCAACCAGCGAUGCUGCCAACCUCGCCUGCGUCAAUCAGCAGGUCCACGCGGAGUUCACGACGCUGUAUUUGAGCCGGUUAUAUCAAGGCACAACCGGGGUUCCAUUCGAGCACGUGCCGUUCUUCCUUCACUUCUUCUUCGUUCAGUACCCCGACGCGGCUCCCAAGACCGUGCUCUACAAGUUCAACGUGGGACUCGGACUGCCAGGGCCCAAAAGCAUCGAUGGCGAUCUGACUCCAUGUUGGUCAAUGGACCUGCUCAAGGUCGUGUCGGUCAUGCGCAAAUACCCUCUGAUCGAAGUGGUCUGGGACCUGGGCGCGGGCAUGGGUCGCUACUCCGCCGUGUCGUUCGAUGACACAGACAUUGCCCACGCCGUUACCAAUCUGAGAUGUAUGAGUGCCGAAAAUUUCAGCAAGCUGUCUUUUGUCAGGCUCACUUUGUCCGAAUCGCCGAAGGAAUUACACAGCUUCCAGCCAUUCCGGGUCGUGACCGGCCCCGCCCUAGACGCUAGCCUUAUGAUCGAGUUGAACAAGAACGUGGCAGAUAGUUUCUUGGAUAAUUUCGAUACCAAUUGCGGAGGCAUCGAUGUAGAGCUUGUGUUGGAAGACAGUGUGGACAGUGAUGACGAGAGUUUAGAUGGCGAGGAAGACAAUGCAGAUGACGGUCACAACGACUCAGAGAGCGAAGAUCAGGUGCUUCCAGACUUAGGAGACUUGAUUAUAUUCUGA